CUUCAUUCAUCCUUCUUUUUCCCUCUCUUAGCCUCCUCUGAGACAACUUUUAUCACAAUUUUUCUGAGUCAAACAAUUAAUUCAAUGAAAUGAAAUUCCAUUCUUCAUCAAUCAAUUCUUUUUCAUCAUCAAACAACAAAACCCAUGAAAAAAAAAAAAAAACAGAAAAUUUUUUUGAACCUAGCACUGGGUUCGAACGAACCCUGCACCUGGGUUCGUUUGGGAACCCAGCACCUGGGUUCGUUUGGGAACCCAGCACCUGGGUUCCAAGGAACCCUGCACCUGGGUUCCAACGAACCCAGAGGCGCCUGCUGGGUAUACAAUUAUGUAAAAGAUAAAGUCAGAGAUGCUGUAAUUAAGCUUAUUGAUAAAGAACGUGAGGGAGAGCAGGUAGACAGGGCACUGUUGAAGAAUGUGUUGGGUAUUUUUGUUGACAUUGGCAUGGGGCAGAUGGAACAAUAUGAAAAAGACUUUGAAUCAUCCUUUCUCAAUGAUACUGGUGGUUACUAUUCACGCAAGGCAUCAAUCUGGAUUUUGGAGGAUUCUUGUCCAGAUUACAUGUUAAAGUCUGAAGAAUGCUUGAAGAAGGAAAGGGAAAGGGUGUCCCAUUACCUGCAUUUAAGCAGUGAACCGAAGUUGGUGGAGAAAGUGCAACAAGAGUUGCUGGUGGUCUUUGCUGGUCAACUACUUGAAAAAGAGCAUUCUGGAUGUCGGGAAUUGCUCAGAGAUGAUAAGGUGGAUGAUCUUUCUAGGAUGUACAGGCUUUACCACAAAAUACCUAAAGGAUUGGAACAAGUGGCUAAUGUUUUCAAGCAGCAUGUCACUAAUGAGGGUACAGAUCUUGUUCAACAAGCUGAAGAUGCUGCAAGUAGCCAGAUGAAACAAACACCUGGCCAAGACUACUGCUGCAAUUGGUCAGUUCCCCAACCCCUUAAAUACAUCUUUGAUGGAGCUCCUAGUUCAGUCUCAACAAAGCGUCAUGCUUUCUCUGGUUAGACUGAAAGGAAACUAUCAUGAAAUUAUGUUAGGAGAAUUACAUAAAAAUUAAUAUGAACU